CGCAAAAGAAGGAACUUCUUCAUUUUUCGCGGAGAAGAGGAAGAUUCAGGAUCUUUGCGGCAGCGAGGAAGGCGGAAGGACGGCUCAGAUUCCGUGGACCGCGAGAACGACAGUCGUCUUCCGUUCCGAAGUGGAGAGAGGCACACGCAGGGGAGAGCAGCCUGCCAAGUUCCCCUCCACAAGUCGAUGGUGUCCGCGAGGAAAUUUCUGACGUCUUUCAAUCGAGAACAGGGGGGCGAAAAUUCCCUCUGCUUCUCUCCUUUCUUUUCUCCCCUUUUCCGCUCGUCAGUUGCGGAGGCGGAGACGCGACCCGACAGCAGCUCCGAUCCUGUCAACGAUGGAGACUCGACGUCCGGUGGAGAGACGCCGGAUCCGCUGCCGACGCUUGCGGAAGUUCGCGCAGCGCUUGCGUCGACCGUCGCGCAGUCGAGAACCUUUCCGCGGCGUCUCGCUGCGAAGAACGGCGAGCAAGUGGAGGACGGAGACGAAGAGCUGGCGGAGCGGAAGCGCGUGCGAAAGCCGCCUAGAGACACGAGCGCGUACUCGGUGUUUUCAGUGCCUGCGCUGAAGCUCGAAGGCGUCGCCAUUGCAGACCAGGAAGAGGCCGUCGGAUCCUUUGCGGUGUCUGUCGGCUGCGGAUUUUUCCACGACCCUCCAGCGAUUCCUGGAGUCGCUCACCAGCUCGAACAUUUGAUUUUCCUGGGAGCAGAGGGUGAAGAAGCCGCAACGUCCUGGGAUGAGUUCGUCAGUCAGCGCGGCGGAACGCACAACGCCCACACCACAGCUGAGCUCACGACGUUCUUCGUUGCGGCGCCGACUGACACCUUGCCUGAACUUCUUGACAGACUUCUCCUGCAUCUCUUCCACCCUCUCCUCGCAGCCGAACAAUUCGCCUCCGAGGUCAUGGCAGUGCAAUUUGAACACGAAAAAAACCAACCAGAUGUCGCGCGAGUUCUCCUCGAGCUCGCGAUGGCUGUCACACCAUCGCUCGCGUCUCCAGCUUCCUCAGCAACUCAGGACGAGGUCCCGACCUCCUUUUACCGUCCGGAAGUAGCGCGAAAAUUCGGCACAGGCGACUUCGACACUCUCUGCAAGACGCCGCUCGAGCAGGGCCUGGACGUCCUCAAAGCCUUGCGAGAGUUCCACGGCAAGUGCUACAAACCGGAAAACAUGACAAUCGCUGUUCGGAUGGGCCGCCGCUCCGUUCCGAUCAUUGUUGAAGGCGCCGUAGACGCGUCCGGCCAGUCCCUGCGGAUCCCUGCGGAGGUCGAAGCGGCGGCAGAGCGCGAGGCAGAGAAACGCUCCGUGUAUACUCCGAAGGAAAUUGGAGAAAUGGUUGUGCGAAUUCUUUCAAAGUAUGUUCAAGCCAAUUCACCGGAAACAGAAGCACACGCUGACAAGACGAAGACGCCGCACAACAAGGGAAACUCUUUUUCUGCGUCCUCGUCAAGUGACCUCACCCCACAACGAACUCCUUCUGAUGCGUCCUCUUCUGCAUCCCCUUCUGUGUCCUCUGCGCCCGCGUCUUCACAAGCCAAGAGGAGAAACGAGGUGUUGAAGACAGUUCGACUGCAUGCAGGCGAAAGGCAGAAAGAGGCGUCUCAGGUUGCUUCUCUCUUGGAAGCCGCUGUCGGCGAAGAUGCUUACCGAUCGCGUCCGAACGCUACAGCUGAAGACUCUAGUCCUACAGAUGGAGAGUCCGACGCAAGCGGGAAGCUCUAUCGAGUCUUCCGUCAGCAUGGUUGGGGGAAACGUCUGCUGGUUGUCUGGGAGAGAAGAACGAACUGGACUGUUCGAGGGUACGACGAAGUUUUUCAGCCCACUGCUCUUCUCGAGUAUCUCCUGGAGUACCCUGGCGAGGCGGCGCUUCUCAAUCGGUUGAAGGCUCAGGGACUGAUCGCCGACGCGGAGUACGUGGACUACACCACGAGUCAGAAGGCGUUCGUCGCCUUGCUGUUCGAGUUGACGGACGAAGGAGAGGAGAAGUUUGAGGACGUUGUUUCGGCGACGCUCGCGUACGCAGAGCAGCUCCGGACGUCGGUGACGGAGACGUACAUUUUGGAUUUUUUCGACGAGUUUGCGCGCGUGGCGAAUCGCUCAUGGACGUACAAGGAUCCCGAAGACGCCGUGAGCGCCGUGAUCGCUGCAGCCGAGAAGCUCGCUGUCCUUCCUCAGCGUCCAGACAUGGUGAUUGCCGGCGGAGAGUUUGUGUCUCUCCCCGGAGACCGCACUCUCCUUGUCGACGUUCUCAAGGAAGAGCUGGAGAGCUUCGGCCGCGCUCGCGCCUCGGCGAUCGUCGUGCUGCCGGAAGAUACGGCGCGCGGGAGCGCAGAAGUCGUCCAUGCGUUCCGGCCGUACGGCGUCCAAUUCAGCGUUUCUGCACUGCCUUCUCUCGCUCAGGCAGAGAAAGUCGGAGAGCGGAUAAGCCGCACAGACGCCGCGGAGAAGAUGGAACUGCUGCAUGCAGAACUGGCUUCCGAGGACCUGAUUUCGCACUCGAUGAUCGAAUCAUCGGCGUUUCCUCUGCCCCCGGUCCUCGCCUGCAACGUCGCCGCGACAGUAGCUCUCACGCCGCGUCGUGUACCGGAGAUCUGCCAGUCCUUGUCGCCGGUUCAGUUCCCGAUCAAGGGUGGACGAAGCGACAGCGAACUGCGAGAGUCGAGCGAGCUUCCUCUCGGGCCGCGUUCAGAAAGUCUGGAAGACGCUGAGGUCGAGGAAGAACGGAAGAAGCUGGAAGCGUCGGGACCGCCCUGCGUACUGGUCACGGAAGAGAGUUUCUCGGUGUUUUGGAAGAAUGCAGAGCCGUUCAACAAGCCAAUUGUCCGGGGCUACUUCAAGUUGAGAGUCUCUGCAGAAGACGCAACGGCACAAAACACUCUCUACGGGAAGAUCUUCGCGACUCUCGCCGGCGAACGCGCUCGCACUGCUCUCGCCUCCUUCCAAGGCUGCGGCGUCGACCUCCUCAUGUCCUUCACCAACGGCGCUCUCGUUCUCGAAAUUCAAGCUUUCUCCGAGCUUUUCGCCCCGGUUCUCGCGCGCCUAAUUGAGGUGUUGAAAGAGUCACAAGAUAACGUGAAGCAGUCGGACUUCAACAAGAUUUUCAACACUCUGAAAGUCCAGCUUUCAGAUUUCUCCACUGUCACGCCCUUCGAGCUGGCGCUUGACGUCGCACUCAGUGUGGUUCGUCGGAACAGAUUUUCGCAGUUGGACUUGCGAAGCGCUGUAACCGACGCUUCGUCUCAAUUCGAGGACUUUAAAGUCUUCCUGGAGAAAGUCUUGACGAAGAAUGCGCUGGACGUUUUCAUCAUGGGCGACAUCGACUACGAAGAGGCGCGAAAACUCGCAGAAGACUUCAGAGCUGCUCUCUCCAAGCAGCCUCUCCCGUUCUCGGAGAGCGCGGGCAGCGAGAUUCUCAAUCUCGCGGAUGACAUCGAGAUUCGGUUCUCAAAUCCGAUUCCGGAAGACGCCACCAACGCGUAUGUGUCUCUUUAUGUGACGCAUCCGCCUCCUGACAUGAUGGAAAUGGUGGUUUACUCUCUCAUUGGAGAGGUGAUCAGUUCUCCUUUUUUCGACACAAUUCGCACUCACUGGAUGGACGGCUACGUCGCGGCAGCAGCCGUUCGAGAGGUCCCCCCCGCCAUGACUCUCGCCACCAUCGUGCAGGGCUCGCAGCGGAAACCGGACGAACUGGAGAGGCACGUCUGCGCCUUCUUGGCAGAGAUGGAAGAAAACAUCGGGUCCUCCAUGACCACAGAAGCUUUCCUCGAGCGCCUCCGGUGGCUUAGCAGCAGCAAAUUUCACAGGAGUGCCACCAGCUUCAGCGACUACUUUGGCGAGGUGACUUCUCAAAUUGCGUCCCGGAACUUUUGCUUUAUUCGAGAACAGCUAGCUCGUCUGGCGACUGAGAAGUUCCUCAGCUGUCCUGCAAUUCUCAAAUCCUACAUGAACUCUUUGGUGGACCGCGCCAAUCGCAAACGUAUCACUGUGAAGAUCGAAGGGAACUCGUCUUCCAGCGAGACAGCGUCGCAUCAGCGCGAGAUUCGAGCGCCUUCGUCGACACUGCCGAACCGUUGUGGACUUCCGGGACUGUCUCCUUCAGCGUCUCCGUCAGCGGAAGUCCGACAGGCUCCUUCUCUCUCUACACAGACGUCUGCGUUGCGGCCGCGGCCGUUGUCGGAGAAGCGCGAGACCACGCAGAGCAGCGAACCUGAGGCUCCAGAGACGUCUUCUCAAGACGGCCAGCGGAGUGUCAAAGCCAACUCGCCAAAGCCGCUGAAUGCGGCUGGGUCUGUGGGAACAGCAGGGAAGGUCGAAGGCAAAUCGCGCAAGGUCGCGUCUCGGGUGGACACCCCAGGAAACGAGCGUCGAACGUACGCCUCUCUGUUUGGGACGCAGAAUGUGCUUAGAAGCAGCCGAAUCCAGUCCGACUUCUCCUCGCCGAUCUUCUCUCUUGGCGACGACGCAGACGCGCUCUCCCUCAUUCAGGUUGAGGCUCGCGUCUCGACUUCGAACUCCAAGCCGAAGGCUGUGCUCGGCGCGCGCCGAGGAGACGGCCAGUCCCCAACGGUCGCUUCGCCCUCUGGCGCCGCACCCAAGCGACCGGCGCCGCCCGCAGGGCCGCGCGACAAGUCUGGCGAGGCCUCAGAGACGACAGGGACGGAAGGCAUGGAAGUCACAGAAAUCGCCUCCGAUGUUGAAGGCCAAGCCGAAGAAGGAGAUGUCCCCAUCGAGUUCCUGCCGCUCGCGAGACAAAUCACGCCGCACAUCCUCGAGCGCUGUGCGGCAGACCAAAACGCUGCAGGCGCAAAACGGAUUGUGGUGGACAAUUUCUUCACGGAUCCGGUCGAGGCUCGUCGAAGCAUCCUCGAAAACCUGGAAGCGAAACUCAGCUCGACGUCUUCUCUCUUUUCUCUGUCGCCUUCUUCCCACCCAUCUCCUCCUCUCUGGCUAGCGUACAGCCGCUCGGAGUCCUGCAGUAUUCGCACCAGCACAAUUUCGCGAGCCGAGGAAGUUUGUGGGGCGUGGCGCGAGAGCGCACCGGAGGCUGUCUUGAUCGUUUCGCCUGAGCAGCCGCCCGCAGGGAUGCCGAGCUUGCCGCCUACUUUGGGAGACGCGGAGCCGCCGGCCGCGGCAGUCCCUCUGUCUCCUUCGGGCGCAGAGACAGGUGUCCCCUUGGUGCCGGAGAGCCCCGGCUCCCCUGCGGCUGCGGGGCGACAGGCGGCGACGAAGGCCCCGACAGAAAGCGAGGCUUCCGCGGCAACCGAGGGUGACCAUCCGCGUGUGGGCACCUCUGCGGAGGCGAGAACUCGUCAGCUUCCGACCGCAGAACAGCAGACACUGGAACAGCGGAAAGCGCUUCUCGAGGCCCGUUUGAGACGCCUAGAAAUGCAGACCAUCGCGCAGCGAGCGCAGCUCUUGAAGCAGCGCCUAGACGCAAUGAAGCAGUACGGAACAAGACCAACAACGAUCUUCAACACUUGGCUAGGACCGCACAAACGAGGCUUUCUACAGAGUGUCGGAGGCGGCACAGGCGCCAGCUCUGGGGCCUUCCCCGUCUCUGCAGUCUCGGGCCGCAGUUCCACGGCGACGCGCACCCAGGCCGCCUCAGAUUUGCACGGAAGCCGUCGGUUGCCUUCCGCUCUUCAUCAGGCGGCAGAUCCUCUGGCGUUCAAGCGAACGCUCGAAACUCUGAAAUGGAGAGAGCAGGGCCUUCUUCAGCGGCAAGCCGAACUGAGGACGCAGCUGCGAAAAGUGAAUGCCUUUGGCAGUACAGCUGGAGACUCAACUGCACCGAACCUGGGUCUAGCUGAAGACAAAAACCUCCGACUCGUAGAAAAUGUCACUGUGGCUUCGGGGGCGUCUCUCGGCUCCAGGGAUCAAACCGCCAUCGCCCAUCAGACGGAUGUCCUGCCGCCGCCUCGGGCUUCAAUUCCCACGGUCCCCACCCUGACGCCGGCGCCUUCGCCUGUCGCCUUUGCGGCCCUGCCGCAGAUCCACCAGCAACUUCCUGGAGUCGACGUUGGUGCCGAGAUACCCCGUCCGGUGACGCCUGUUUCCACGGACAUUUCUGCAUCUGCUUCUGCGUUCGUCCCAGGGUCUGUGCAAGCGUCUCUCUCCCAAUCUCCCGCGGCAUCUGUCAAAGGCGCAGGCGCACCUCCCUUGCCUCUCGCUCACCAACCAUUCGCUUCUCUUCCUCCAGCUCCUCAGCUCCCUCAAGAGCCCCGUGUGCAAGAAGCAAACGUAGGGUCUCCUAGUCCGCCGACUGUGGUUCCUGGUGUACCCACUGUCGGAGCGACUGCACCUACUGUGGGAGAAGGUGCGACUACUCUGGGGGCUGGUGCCCCGGCGGUGGCUUCUCCGGCGCCUACUGUCGGAGCUGCUCCGCAAGCAGUGACAUACACUGCGCCUACUAUGGGAGCUGGUGCCCCGACGGUGGCCUCUCUGGCGCCUACUGUCGGAGCUGCUCCGCAAGCGGUGACAUACACUGCGCCUACUACGGGAGCUGGUGCGCCUGCGGUGGCCUCUCUGGCGCCUACUGUCGGAGCUGCUCCGCAAGCGGUGACAUACACUGCGCCUACUAUCGGAGCUGGUGCGCCUGCGGUGGCUUCUCCGGCGCCUACUGUCGGAGCUGCUCCGCAAGCGGUGACUUACACUGCGCCUACUAUCGGAGCUGGUGCGCCUGCGGUGGCCUCUCUGGCGCCUACUGUCGGAGCUGCUCCGCAAGCAGUGACAUACACUGCGCCUACUAUCGGAGCUGGUGCGCCUGCGGUGGCUUCUCCGGCGCCUACUGUCGGAGCUGCUCCGCAAGCGGUGACAUACACUGCGCCUACUAUCGGAGCUGGUGCGCCUGCGGUGGCCUCUCUGGCGCCUGCUGUCGGAGCUGCUCCGCAAGCGGUGACAUACACUGCGCCUACUAUCGGAGCUGGUGCGCCUGCGGUGGCUUCUCCGGCGCCUACUGUCGGAGCUGCUCCGCAAGCGGUGACAUACACUGCGCCCACUAUGGGAGCUGGUGCCCCGGCGGCGGUGGCUUCUCUGGCGCGUGGGCCGAGUUUUGAUUAUCAGGCGGGUGUAGUAUCGCGUGCAGUUGGAGGUGCGUCUCAGCCUCAGGCUGAACAGGCGGCUUCUUACGUCAGCGACCCGGCGUCCGUCGCUAGGGUGAGCUCAGCGUCGAUCUUGCCGCAUGCAGCUGUUCCAGUGGUGCAUGCCUGAAAGUGGGUUGUGCGCAUUAAACAAUGAGAGGAAAGACAGAGAACAUCGACAAGAACGCAGAAGGGGGCUAGGAUCAUGGUUGUUCAUUUGCCGUUCGAGGUCGGGCGUCGCGACCUCUCGCUCACUGCCAUUUCUACGCACCGGGUGGUGGCCCGGCAGCGGGACAUGGAAUGAAGUAGAAUGAAGAGUGUAGCUGAAGUCUGGAGAACAUUCUCCGUUUCGCUUCGCGUUUCUCGGUUACUUGAGAGACCAGACUCCUCGUGUCGAAAGGGGUAAGAGGAAAUCCAGUUUCCUCUCUCCAUUGCUUUCCCGAACUUGAGAACGCGAUUCCAGAGGUGGGACCCAAGCUCGUCUUGGGACAGGGUUUGUGUUGUCAGCAGAAUUGUAGAGGGAGCGUUUGCCACUACAGAGCAAUGGUAGUGUUGCUUCUCUGUUCCACACAAGACGCUUUUUCGUGGGGACGAAUCAUGCGCGUCCUCUCAGGUGUGUGGCGUAAUCCAGAGAAUUUCUCAUUUUUGCGGAACUUAGGAAGAAGGACUGUCGGGUCUUCUUAUGCCGAGUGAGGCGGCAUGAUGCACCUUCACUGGCAGCCGCGUGAGACGAUUUGGAAAAUUUGAAUGCGAGACGUUUGUGUGAGGCUGGGUGUGUUUGCAUCUUCACGCAUGAGAUGUUCAGGUGUUUUUCUUGAGAGCGAAGUCGCUCUCGAUUUCGCCUCUUGUGUUUCUCCCCCAUUUGCCCUGUCGCGGUUCUCUGCUUUUUCGUCGUUUUGUGCUCGUUACGUUCUCGUUUCUCCAGACUCAAUUCACCUCCCUUUGUGCGGAGUCGAGAUGAGAAGACGACGUCAUCUCAGUCUUUAAGUGCGCUCCACGCGCACGGUACACCAGGACCUCCGCUUUUCAGCUGGUGAAGCACUGAUAUCCGCAAAACAGGCUGGCAUCUGGUGAAGCACGAACGUUCUCUCGUCCUUUUCCCGUGGGCUGAUUGGCAGCAACCUGCUCACUCAUGGAUUUCGCAUAAGUAGCGAAACCUGAAAAAGACAACUCUCUUGUAGAGAUGCAUAAACGCGACACAAAUAUAUUCUCCACCGGCUCGCUGCGAAGUCGAACGGUCUUUCCCCCGUCCGCUGCUGCUCGCAAGUCGUGCCCUGACACAAAAUGCAUGACGCCGAAGCAAUGACCAACGUAAUCGAAAGAGGAAACAUGCUGGAGAGGCUAUUUCGCCUCUCUGCACUUUGUCCGCAAAUCACUAACCGCCACACACACUGUCGCACGGCUCAUUCGCCUUCAGCCUUCUCCAAAGGUUCACGCGACGAGUUCAAUCGCGCUUUAUGUCUUGCGGACAUUUCUUUAGUGGCGUCUUCGACACUGCUGAUUUGUCCCUGAAAAGGUCGCUCUACAGCUUUUCACGAUUACCCGCAAAUUUCCGCGCUUCUUGUCGUAGUGCACGGGACUCCUCCUUCACUCCUCAUCGCCAGCGAAUUGAAUGAAAAAGAGCUCUUUCGUGUGCGACGCGUUUGAAAGGCAGCUGCUAACACGCAGACACUUUUCACGGUAUUACUGGAAAUCGGAAAGACUCAUAGUGA